UGGAUUUUGGGAUGGUGGCAGCGUUCUAUAGAUAGGGAAGUCCAGGUUUAGGUGACAAGGCAAAUGACCAGCUUGCGCGAGCACCAAAACAUCGAUUAGAAGAAAAGCGUAAUUUCUCCUGCACUUUCACAUGGAUACGAAGAGAGUGUUGACAACGGCCUGACCAAUAAUUAGCAGCAGUCUUAGACCGUGCUCCAAUUUCUGCUGCUUCUGCUUUCCUCUUUGAUUAUAUUUAUCCCCUUCUCGCGUUGGAAUCCGUGUUAUGCCAAGUACCAAGAUAUAGGCUUUUGCAGCAUUGCACCUAGUGGAAUAUAUGGGGGUAUAUGGAAAGCGGAAAAUAAUGGAUAAGCGUCCGUAGCAGUGGCUGAUAAAAUUGAAAAAAAAAAAUGCUUGAAAAGCAUAUUAUUGUUAUCAAUUGGUGUUUUCUCUUCCCCGAAAAGAUAGCUAGUGCCGUAUUAAGCUUCAACUAGGAGUGUAAAUAUGAAGAAAAUAGCAUUCGGCAAGUGAAAUGAAGAAGCAUAGUUGUACCAGUUCCGUGCGACGUUGGAACCAAUGAGACAAAAAUCCUAAUUUAGUAGUGUUCCAACAGUAAUAGCGAAGAAAAUAAAAAUUACAAAAGCAUCAGAAAACCAGAAUCAUGAUGGACGAAGAUGCCCUAAUAGCCCGGGCCAAGGAAGAACGGGCCAAAAUAUUCCAGCGGUACGAUCGAGGCCGGGAACAGGGCGCUGAAAUCGAUGCCUGGGAAGAUCCCGCAUUGGAAGUAUACCAUCAAACAGAUCGAUAUGGCUUCAUCCACGACAAACGUUUACCCCAGAAGCAUGACCCGCACGAGACUAAAGCCAACGAGAUCGAGAUGGAGCGGGUCAAGAAGUGGCUCAAAAUGCUUAGCAAAAAGGAUGUGCCCUUAUAUGGACAACCGAAACUGCACAAACGAGUCUACAAGGGUAUUCCGGACAGUCUACGGUCGCAAGUCUGGAGCAAACUGCUAAACUUGGAAAAGGUAAUGAAGGAUGCCAAUAAUCGCAACAAAUAUCAAGAAAUGCUAACCCUAGCACGAACCUGGAGUACCGAGGCAAGGCAGAUAGAUUCCGACGUUAAUCGACAGUUCCGGGAGCAUGUAUUCUAUCGGGAGCGGUAUAGCCUCAAGCAGAAGAGUCUCUUCAAUGUGCUCGUUGCGUAUAGUAUGUACAACACUGAGGUUGGUUACUGCCAAGGAAUGUCCGGUCUAGCGGCCGUUUUGCUCAUGUAUAUGGACGAAGAGGAAGCCUUCUGGGCGUUGAGCAUACUGUUGUCAGAUAGGAAGUAUGCUAUGCAUGGUUUGUUUAUAGAAGGCUUCCCCAAACUGACACGCUUCCUAGCGCACCAUGAUAAAAUCAUAGCCAAAUUCAUACCAAAGCUGAAGAAACACUUUGACCAGUACAAUCUGGACUCGAUACUCUACUCGUUGAAAUGGUUCUUUGUUGUGUUUAUCGAAAGGAUACCGUUCAAUCUGUGUUUACGCGUUUGGGACGUAUAUCUGCUGGACGGGGAGAAAGUGGUUACUGCCAUGGCUUACACCAUUUUGCGUCUGCAUAAGACUAAGACUUUGAAGCUCAAAGACAUGGAUCUAAUUGUGCAAUACAUACAGACUAAGCUGCAUACCGAUUUCGGUUACGAUGAUGACUUCGUUAUCCAAACGUUGGAAAAAUGUAUGGAGGAACUGCGCAAAGCCGGUUUGGAUUUGCCACCGCCGGCUACUGAAAUCGAACUGCCUAAAAAACCGUUCGGUGUGUUUGUCGAACCAACCGUGGAGGCUAAGAUUGGUCGCCGCAAGAUGGAAUUCACUGAAACGGAGAAGGAAGUCACUGAGACUGUGAAGAUAAAGCGUGAGAUUACUGUUCAAGAGAUUGCCAACCUGAACCAAAACGCCACGAUAGGAAGUGGUUCUAAUACUCCCCUCAAUACCGGACACGUUCCCGAAUCGGAAGAUGGCGGUUCGCUGCUGGGCAGCUCGCGGAAAUCUCUUGCCGACACGUCCGUUACGUCAACGGCCGACCUGAGUGUCCUUUCCGGAGGCCAAAGUCAGCGUUCCCACAAUGCAUUCGAACUGGGCUAUGAAGAUCACCCCAAGACGAUCGAAAGCGCCGACGAAGGCGAAGGACAAAGCAGUCCGGGAUUACGGAAACGAGCGAUUAUUCUCUCGGCAAAACAGAAACCAACCGCCAAGGGCCCAACGUCCGCCAUCGGUUCAAUAAGUGUGGUAGCUCGCAGUCCUUCGACUCAACAAACGCCCCGGGCAAUGUCCCCGCAGGACGUUGUGCGCAUCUACGUUCCACCGGCACCACCAGAAGAGUUGCAGAAAAGUACACCGCAUUCGGCCUCCACCACUACGGUUGUGGCGGCCACCGUGGCCAAGAAGGAGUCCUUCAACAAAGCUACGAAUCGAUAUUCGAAUGGUUCUAAUUACUCCGGUGCCGGUACACCGAUCGUGGUAAGUCGACUGAGUAAUUACAACGAUGAAGAAGAGGAUGACUCGAAAACCAGGAGGAAUAGCGAAAUUGAGUUGUAUCAGCCCACGUAUAGCAGCGGUAGGUUCGAGUAUGGCAGCGACUAUGGCACGACGUCGUCUAUUCAGAAUUAUGCUAUCAAUGGAAGGUCUACGUCCAGUUCAAGACGUGGCAGUAUGUCGAGGAAAUCUCCGGCACCGAUGCUGGACGGGGAGUUUAUAAUCGAGUGUAGUCACCUGAAGGGAAGGAAAUAUGUACCGGAACACCACACAAGUCACAGCAGUUUGAAUCAAAGUGGUGUGGUUAGGGUGAGAAAUGGGUCGGAGAAUAAUAUACACAGGAUGACGUCGUUUGAGGAACUGGCGAAAAAUAAGUAUCUGGGAGGUAGCAAUAGCAGUUUGUUGAAAAAUAUCAAUGAUGAUUAUAUUAUACGUCAGAUGGUGCGAGCGAAGGGGAACAGAAUGACAAAGAGCGAGAUUUACGAAACCGUCGAUAGCAGUGAAAGUGGAAGCAACGAUCGGUAUGAGAUUUACGCUUCGAUAAAUUCGCAAAAGAUUCCUAGAGGACAUAAGAGCGAUUACAACAUACAGUACAAGAAUCUUUCGACUAGGGGUACAGUUACGGAGGGUAAUGGGCAUGAGUACAACAGCAUCGAGUACAAGGCGUUCAAAACUCGACAAAGUAGCAGAGAAAGUGGAAACGAUAUCAGUCCUUUUGAUUACGAUCUACUGUUGGAUAAUCAACUGGAUAAUAAUGCACUGCAAGAAUACAACCGAUUUUUCAACAAUGAAGGCGACGAUGAAGAUAAGUUACUAAAUAAAUCCUCGGACGAGUCUUCCACUAGUCCUCCACCUAAACGGCAGGUGCAAUAUGUUCAAAAUAGCUCAACUAUCGUAAACAGUCCAAGCAACGAAUCUGUUCCGCUAUUGUCUCCAACCACUGCCGGCCGCAAAACUUCCGUCCCAAGCCAAUCCUCCUCCAUCCCAGUGAGUAACAGUGUGAAACGCAACAAAUACUCUACGGAUUCGUUCCGAUUGGAACUGUCCUCUCCGCUAACGUCGUCCAAUCGAAGAAACACCAACGAGUCAAGUUCUUCAACAGCCUCCUCGGCUUUUGCCGCAAGACAACAUCAUCAACAGCAACACCAACACCAACAACAACCAGCUGGAUCCCGCAUUCCAGUCAUUAAAUCUCCAACAUCACCACCUUCGUCGCUGCAGGGUUCCAUACGGCAGCCUCACAAGUCCAGAAUUCCAACAUCACAGCAGCCGGUCACUUCUCCCCUUUCCCCCACUGGCGUCUCCGCCCAUGCGAACGGUCGAAAUACCACCGGAAGUCGAAUACCAGCCGGUCCGUUUUCCCCAACCCUGUCCAGUCCAACGCAACGAGGUCAGUACGAUUCGAGCAUGGGUCGAUCACGAAUUGGUUCGUCCAGCUCGGCACAUCAAAUCCAGCAGACAACCGAUUCCAACAAAAUUCGAAUCAAGGUAAAUCAGUCACAGUCGUACAGUUCCGGCUAAAAAAGUAGAUAAACGCCAAUGACUAAACUGUUUUCUGCUUUGGUCAAGCUAAUAAUAAGCCUCAAUCUAUCUUUCUCUCUCUAUGCAUCAUUCCAAUUGUUAGAGUUUAGGAUUUUUUUAACCGAUAAGUUUUUAUACACACAGGAACGUGGUCGAGCGAAGGUUACAAAUUCUCUCAUAUUGUUUAUCGAAUAAUAUAUUUCCAUUUCGAAAUAGCUUCAUGUUAUGAAAAAAAUCAAAUUGAGAAUUUUAAUUCGUUUUUAACACUGACUCAUUCGCGAUGAUGCAAGCAAAAAAUUCUCAUUAACGUGCAUUUAUUUUGCUUACUGAAAGUAGUGUUAGUAAAACAUAAGUACAGUGAAAUGGCAAUAUAUCCCAAUUAGGCAAACACUGCAAUGAAGCAAGGUUAAAAGAAAAACAUGGUUAUAGUAGCCGGUAUUAGCGAACCGGCGCACACUGCCUGAAGCAAUCUCUCGUUUUCGGAUUUUAUCUGACUCUGUUCUGGUUAUGAUAGGAUAUAGGGCAUAAGCAUUCCGUAAAUUCAUAGGACACCAAACAUGUUACAAUGCGGUUGAAAAUCGUUUCCUUGAUAAUUAAAUACUCCUUAGCAAUGCUCUGUAGCACCCGACUUUUGGUUCGUAUUGUUGUAGCAUCAUGUAGCAUAUAAUGUUCAGUUCGGUUUCACUAAAGAUUAUCGAUUAUAGUUCGUCAGUUUAAGCACUUGCGAUUGCUGGAACAACCGUGCUCAUCAGAGGUUUACCGGAAAAUAUUGUGCCACAAAAACAACGAGUGAAUACUAUUAUACGACAGGAUGCCAUCAAUUUUGAAGAUAACACUAGUUCAAAUACUUCAACAUCAAAUUGAUCGUUUGCGUUAUAACCACAG